AUGAGCAGUCGCCUAGCAUCUUUUCGCGGACCAUCGACCCCCUCUUCUUCCCCAGUCCAGGUAAAACAAGCUAAACAGCCCCCUUCCUCGCCUUCCUCGCCUUCCAAAGCCGUCGAGUCUACGUAUCAUCGAAAACUUCGAACACAUCUACUUGAACUGCGCACAGUCUGUUGGACUUGGGAUGACCUUGUCUUAACUGACGGCCUCAAAGCCGCACGGAGCUUAGUCGACACCAGAACAGAUCUCGACAAUAAGUUGUCAUUACUUGGUGCAAAACAGCCGACAACGAGGUUUGUGGGUCCGAUGCUUUCAUCCAUGGACGACCGGAUAGCAGAUCUGGACGUCGUCAUUGCGAAACUACGGAAACAAUAUCACAAGAUGAACUCCAUAAUUGACAACCUCGAGGCGUUGUUAGCGGAUGCCCACCGGACGAAAGGUUGGGUAUGGGUCUCCGCGGAAUCACUGUGGACGACCUGGACUUUAGCGAAGUUUGUGGCUUCGGUUUCUGAGAUCUUACGACCAUACCGACGAUCGCUGGAAGACCACACGGACCUAGUGAAGAAGCUGCGCUCUCAUACAGUCUCGUUCGAAACCUCUCGCGAUGCGAUCAACAGCUGGGUCGAACAGCGAUGGCUUGCGGAGGAUGGUUGGGACGCCAAUUGGGAAGAUCUAUGCGCUGCUGAAAUACAUCGGUGGGAGAGUCGGUGA